AAGUUUAAAGCUCCAAUACUUGUUUACGAUCCCGAUCCAAUCAAAGAUUUUCUAAAUUGACGGAAAACAGAGAGUUAUAACAAAGGGCUGGAGUUAAAUGAUUGAUACCACUGAGCGGUGGCCGCCUACCCAGGUGAUUGUUGUAGGGGAAACUUUAACAUUGAAGUGAAAUCAAACAGAUGUGAAUUUUCUCCACAAGAUGUUCCCAGCUCACCAGACGCCCAUAUAUGACAGAACAUAAAUGACAGAGCAUGGCGGGUGCCGUACCCUCGACCAGUGGACCCUACGUGUUCUCAAACCCGAUGGACCAGCUACGCAUCGGUGUCCCUAAGCCCGGGGCCAGGAACAGGUACAUCACCGUUGCUAAGACCCAAGUACCGUUAUUCUGUUACUCGGAGAAACAUAAGCGCAUCCUGUCCCGAUUUCCUAUGGACAAAGAUGACGAUUUUCCUCCUCUCCCUCACCGAAUGUCAACUAUCCCCGAGGUAAAGAAAUCUCAGUUUAAGUCUAAUGGUCUGAGAAAGCCCGGAGUUCUGAGAAUGCAUACUUUUUCGGAAUUUAGUUCAAGAGGAGGGGGAGGGGUAGAGAAAACGGAUAUCAGUGGGCUUCAAAUAAGUAAACCGUCUGAAAUAAAUGAGUUGAAUGAGAGUUCUGAUGGAGAGGCGACAAAACGAUUGGGAAACGCGCCUAGAAAACAGGAAUAUUUCGUGUCUAAAAUUCAGAUUCAGGAGAGAGAGUCUACUAUGCUGUCUUUAGACGGAAUGUCUACAAGUUUAACGCAGAGGAACAAGGAGGUCGCCAACGUUGAAACGGCCGUCAAACAAGCAAUCAAACGUUAUAUGUCAACUAUUGACCGACAGCCGAAAAUACAAUACAGACACAACCAGGACGAAAGUGUAGUCAGAAAACACUACAAAGAAGAAAGUGUCACCGAAAAUGACGAAGAGAUUUCAAAACCCAGUCCAAACACGCAUAAAAACGGAUCAAAGCAUUCCUCAAAGAAGGAAACGUCAAAAAACAAUAAUCAAUACGCCAAGCUAGUGAAACCAAUUCUGUCAAAGAUUAUCACCAACACACCAGCCUGUAUGUUUAAACUGUUCGGUCCCAUUCUACUCAGCGCUCCGCAUGGGAUCAAACUUUGGCGGGGUGGAACCGAAGGACGCAGACGACGUAUUCAUUAUCGCGAGAUCCACGUCACCGAGAUCUUACUGAAGGUGGCAAACGAAAUCAAUCGGAUUGCCGGAAUUCCGCCGAGUUUCAUCAUAUGGGACCGGCGGAUGGCAAUGCCAGCGGACUUCAAGAACUUAGACCCAAACUACCUUACCGAGAAACAGUUUCCACAAUCGCCAUUCCACGAGGCAUUAGAGUAUUUCAAGCAAUUUGGACGAGAUAACAAGCUGCCCUUACUACAUAUUGAUAUGCAUGGCAAGAAAAAUCGCAAAACAAAUAUGGAUCUCGACGUCGGAUUUAAAGCCAUGGAAACUCACUGGAAAGACCAGAGUUUCGCCAAGUGGCUAAAAAAUGAAACCGAGUGCGUGUUCACAAAGAUGUUCAGUGACCCUAAAUAUGUCUACGAGAAAAAUAACAUGAGGUUUACGGUCAAUGUGAACCCGAGUUUAUGUGGGGACUGGGGUGGGGAUCUGUACACUAUGACCUGUCAGUCCGUUGUCAUGGGAACUCCCGCCUUCCAGCUAGAAAUUCCGCGUGCUAUACGGAACCAGUUGAUAGUGGAUGAUGAACUAGUCACAAAACUUGCCCAGAGUAUAGUUGACAUUUAUUCUACGUGCCUGAACCGUACUAAUCCCCUUCACAUUAAGAUUCCGAAGCGAGAACAGGCCGCCUACUCAGAACUCAUAGAGAAAACGCUAAAUGAUCAUUUGAAAAUUGAAAAGACAUUUCAGGAGAAACAGAUCUGAUGAAAUAGAGACUAACAAAUUGUAGCUAAUAACCAAAUAAUUAAGGAACAAUAGACUUAUAUUAGACAUCUCAGGAAUAACGAGAAAAUAAAUGGUGAAUGUUCAUUUUCACACCAGGUUUUCUGUAAGAUGUUGAAACGUUUACACCUUAUUUCUUCCUAUGGAGGGUGCAUGAAUAUUGACGUCCAUAUUUUACUUGUAUGAGAUCAAAUGUUCAAAAUGAAACAAAAAAUUUA